AUGGACUUGCUGGCCAUUGAGAGCACCUACGGGGAGCUGACGAACUGCACGGCGCUGAUCGCCGAGAGGCUCGACUGCUACUGGCCCAACCGGCUGGUGGAUGAGUUCUUCGUGGCCGUCCACAAGCAGUACUUCAGGAACUGCUCCCCGUCCGGCCGGGCGCUGCAUGACCCCCCCAACGGCGUCCUCUGCCCCUUCAUCCUGCUGCCCAUCCUCAUCACCCUGCUGAUGACCGCGCUGGUGGUGUGGAGGAGCAAACGCAGCGAGGGCAUCGUGUAG